UUUUGUAUCUCUCUCUCUCUCUCUCUCUCUAGGGUUUUGUUUUUCAGUAUCCAACUUUUCUCUUGUAUUUCACAAAUUUGGUAAUACUUGGGGUACAGACCUAGACAAAGAGUAUCAACUGCUACCUUAGAGAAGAACAAUAAAACAAGCAAAAAAGAAAAAGAGUUACAAAAAAAAAAAAAAAAGAAGCAAAAGUUUGUAUAUUUGGUUAUAUAAAUAGAGAAAGGGAAAGAAGUAGUGGUUUUUUGUGGGAUAAUUGAGAUAUGGGGAGGGGAAGAGUUGAGCUGAAGAGGAUAGAGAACAAGAUAAACAGGCAAGUCACUUUUGCAAAGAGGAGGAAUGGGAUUCUGAAGAAAGCUUAUGAACUUUCAGUUCUGUGUGAUGCUGAAGUUGCCCUUAUUAUCUUCUCCAACCGUGGCAAGCUCUAUGAGUUCUGUAGCACCUCUAGCAUGCUCAAAACACUCGAGAGGUACCAAAAAUGCAGUUAUGGUGCGGUUGAAGUGAACAAACCUGGCAAGGAGCUCGAGAUCAGUUACCGGGAGUACUUGAAACUGAAAGCUAGGUUUGAGUCCCUACAACGAACUCAGAGAAACCUUCUUGGGGAAGAUUUGGGCCCAUUAAACACAAAUGACCUUGAGAGGCUUGAGCGGCAAUUGGACUCAUCCUUGAAACAAGUCAGGUCCACUAAGACACAAUUUAUGCUGGACCAGCUUUCUGAACUCCAAAAUAAGGAACACUUAUUAGUGGAAGCAAACAGGGCUUUGACAAUAAAGCUGGAUGAAAUUAGUUCAACAAAUAACCUUAGACAAUCAUGGGAAGGCGGUGAGCAAAGUAUGUCAUAUGGUCCUCAGAAUGCUCAAUCUCAGAGGUUUUUCCAGCCUUUAGAUUGCAAUCCCACAUUGCAAAUAGGGUAUAAUGCAUCUGGUUCCGACCAGCAGUUAAGUGGCACAACUCAUGCUCAACAAGUCAAUGGGUUCAUCCCUGGUUGGAUGCUUUGAGCCAUUUGCCAAGCACGUACGUAGCUAAAUGCUUCUUGUUGGUGGCGAUAUCUAAAUGAUUUCAUGAGCAUUUAUAGCUUAUAUUGUCAUAAAAGCAGCAGUGACUGACUUUCAUAGCACUAUGGAACUUUUAGCCACAUGCAUUAAAGCAUAUAAGGAGUUUAUAAUUAAUGUGUUGAAAACCCUUAAGGGAGAUAUUUAUUAUACUUUUAAGAUAACAUAAGGUUGUGA